UUCUGAAUGUAAUUACCUGCACAAGGAGAUGAAGACCACCCUCCCGCUGUAUUUGCUGGUGGCUGCACUUCACCCCGCUGUCCACAGCCUGCCCCAGGCCAGCCACUAUAAUGGCAAGUCCAAGGAAACUCACCCUCAGGAGCAGCGUCCCUGCGGGGAAGAUCCUGGUGGAUCCUGCCGUCGGAUAGUCCCCAGCAACACUGACUUUGCUUUCAGGUUUUACAGGCAAGCAAGUGCAGAGGACCCCGACAAGAAUAUUUUCUUCUCUCCGGUCAGCAUCUCUGUUGGCUUUGCCCUGCUGGCGCUGGGCUCCAGGUCUAGCACCCAGGCACAGGUGCUGGAAGGGCUUGCCUUUAACCUCACCGAGAUCCAGGAGGAGGAGAUACACCGUGGCUUUCGUCAUCUCCUUCUCGAGCUGAACCGCCCUGACAGCCAGAUGCAGCUGAGUAUGGGGAAUGCCCUGUUCAUGGAUGAGAAUGUCACACCGCUGAAAACGUUUUUGAAGGACAGCAAAAACAUGUAUAAGGCAGAAGUUAUUUCUAGUAACUUUCAGAAUUCCACUGAAGCUAAAAAUGAGAUCAAUGACUAUGUAAGGAACAAAACCCAUGGGAAGAUAAACCGAAUAGUCAAAAACCUUGCUCCAGAUACUUUAAUGGUUCUUGUUAACUAUAUUUACUUCAAAGCUUACUGGGAAAAUCCUUUCAAUAUUAAGGGGACACGUAAGGAUCAUUUCUAUGUGAAUGAGAAGACUUCAGUCGAAGUGGAGAUGAUGCAUCGAGAUGGGUUUUAUAAAAGCUACUUUGACAGAAAGCUCUCUUGUGAGGUGGUGCAGAUUCCUUAUACAGGAGAUGCGAUGACAUUAUUUGUCCUGCCCAGCAGAGGAAAAAUGAAACGAUUGGAGGAUGCUCUUGCAAAAGACACUGUGUCUAAAUGGGAAAAAUCACUUGAAAGACGGAGGAUAGAAGUACACAUUCCAAAACUAUCUAUUUAUGGCACCUAUGACUUAAAGAAGAUGUUCAUGAACCUGGGUGUAACUGAUGUAUUUUCCGACCAUGCUGAUCUAUCCGGAAUCACGGGAGAGCCAGAUAUAAAGGUUUCAAAAGCUGCUCACAAAGCCCUGUUGAAUAUCCACGAGAAUGGCACAGAAGCUUCAGGAGGCACUUACACAGAACUAGUUCCUCAUUCUGUUCCUCCUGUUGUUAAAUUCGACCGUCCAUUUUUGCUGUUGAUUAUUGAUCAAUAUACUCAUAGCAUCCUCUUCAUGGGAAAAAUUGUAAACCCUACUGAAAAAUGA